GUUCACAUUGCCCUCUUCCGCAUCUCUCUCUCUCUCUUUCCCUCUCCCUUUCUUUUCCUUCUUCCUCUUUCUCCGGCCAAGAGAGCUCCGGCCGACCAUCCAUUAUCCUAUUCGCAGCUUCGGAGGCCCUUAGCAAAUAUCCUCUCGCCGGACAGCAGCAAGAUCAGGGCAACAAGACGCGAUUCCGGCAAGGAUUGCGAAACAGCGCAGCGGCAUUUUUCGCCAUUUUCUGGAGAUUCCGUCCACCUCAGCCAUCGAGUUUGGGCUCUACUGAUUCCCCUCGGUCCAAAAUUCGAUUCAAGACCAACCUUGCGAUAUUCCGCUUCCCGGUCUGCGCUUACUGAGCAUCGAAAAUUUUUAGGCCUAGACAUUUCCGUUCAGAUCUAGGUCAAAACGGCAUUAACUCGAACUAUUCAAAACUACCUUUGGACUCCUCGCUUCGAAAGCUUCGAUUAGAGAGCAAUUUUAGAAUUUGUCGACGCCGAAAAAGUUUCGGACGUUGGAAUCAAAAAGUUAUCAUUGAGAAUUGAAACGAUGUCUAUUGAUCCUACUGCACCAAUGACUUACAUGGAUGAGGAUGCUUCUUCGGGCUCUGGAGAUGAUGGGAACAUGUUGGAUGGACAAAACAAGCUUCAGUCGGGAACACCCUCUAAUUCUGGUCGUCGCAAGAGGAGUCGUAAGGCUACUGGUGAUGCUAUUGUGGACGCUAUGCUUGAAAUUGCAGCUGCUUCCAAAAUGAGGGCCGCUGCCAUAAUGAAGAAUGAGGACCGCUUUUCCAUAAGUAAAUGCAUUAAAGUCUUGGAUGAGAUGCAAGAUACUUCAACUAGCAUGGACAACUUUGACUUAGAAUUGGACGAGAUGGAAUUAGUUGCAGCAGCCGCAGGCUACUACUAUUAUAAUAGUAUAAACAGGCAGCCUCGUUGCAGUUCCUCACCAAGUGGAAGUGGCUUCAUGACUGAAGUGCUGGAAGGCCAUGAUGAUUUAUGUCGGGAAAUGUUUCGGAUGGAUAAACAUGUUUUUCACAAGUUAUGUAAUGAUCUUCGGCAGAGAGGCAUGUUACGUGAUACUGCUGGUGUUAUGAUAGAGGAACAGCUGGGAAUUUUCUUAAACAUCAUUGGUCAUAAUGAGCGUAACAGAGUAAUCCAAGAGAGGUUUCAACAUUCAGGUGAAACCAUAAGCAGGCAUUUCAAUAAUGUGUUGAAGGCAAUCAAGUCACUUUCACGUGAAUUCCUGCAACAACCUCCUCUUGCAACUCCUUCAGAAAUUCUCUGUAGCAGUCGGUUUUAUCCAUAUUUUAAGGAUUGCAUUGGAGUCAUAGAUGGCAUGCACAUCCCUGCACAUGUGCCAGCCAAAGACCAAUCUCGAUUUCGUAAUAGGAAAGGGGUUUUAUCUCAAAAUGUUUUGGCAGCAUGCACAUUUGACUUGCAGUUUAUAUUCAUUUAUCCAGGUUGGGAAGGCUCUGCUGCAGAUUCACGUGUAUUAAGGGCAGUCCUUGAUGAUCCAGAUCAGAAUUUCCCACAUAUACCUGAAGGAAAAUAUUAUCUAGUUGAUACAGGGUACUCAAAUGUGGAAGGAUUUAUCGCUCCAUAUCUAGGAGUUCGUUAUCACCUUCAUGAAUUUAGAGGUGCCAAUCAGUUGCCUAGAAAUGCAAGAGAAUUAUUCAAUCACCGACAUUCAUCUCUUAGGAAUGUCAUCCAGAGGUCUUUCAGUGUGCUAAAAACUCGAUUUCCCAUCCUCAAACUUGCCCCUCAAUAUGGAUUUCAUAUCCAAAGGGAUAUAGUAAUUGCUGCAUGUGUUUUACAUAAUUACAUCCGACGUGAGGAAAGAAAUGAUUGGUUGUUUGCUAGUGUUGAUGGGGUUGCAGUGGAAGAACUGCCUGAUUUUGAUGAUCAAACUGAAAUGCAGCUGGCAUCUUCCAUUCAGGAGCAAAUUGCUUUCUCAUUGCGAGAAUCAAUCGCAGCAGCAAUGUGGAAUGACUUCAUUAACAAAUGGGAUCAGUGGUGAUUGGUAUCAUUAAUCUUCGAAGGUGGUAAGAUAUUCUUAUGAUAGUACCUGUGUUUAUUAUUCUUGCGGGAGAGUUUAAUUAAUUCAACCAUACAGGACCGUAGUGUUUUUUUUUUUGUUUUUUUUGUUUUGUUUUGUUUUUUUUUUUUGUUUCAACUCCACAUAACAAAGGAAACAUUGAUUUUUAUAUUCUCCAUUUGGUUGUUGCUAUUGCUGCUGCUUCUUGUGGAGGCGAUCCAUCCGGACUAGUCAGUAGUACGAUGAUAGGGUAGCUGCUUUAGUAAUGACUUACAUGCUGUAAUGAUAUUUAGCUCUGUUAUGCUUAAUCCUCUUUAUUUUCAUUGUUAUGCAA